AUGCAACGGCCGGGAGGCCAACAAGACAUGUCGCGCAGCGAUGCGCACGGCUUCGACCUCGCGUCGGGCCUGCUCUCGCGCGAGGAAACGCGUGAGCAGAUCUACGGCGGCUGGGGCGGCGGGAUGUCGCUGCCUGGCGGCGGUGACCGGCGCAUGGGCCCGGGUCAGGGCCAGGGCGCCCAGCAGCAGCCGCCCAUGGGCAGCAACGGCGGCGGCCCGCGCGGGCUGGGCUACGGCAGCCUCGAGGAGCUGUAUGCUGGGUUGGCGCCCCUAUCGGACGUCACGCCGGGCGCGGGAUCAAACAGAGGCAAUUUCGGCGGCGGAGGAGGCGCGAGCAACUUUGGCGGGCAGCCGCCCUUUGCUCUCAACCACCACAACCACCCGAGUCUCCCCCAGCCGCGCGCCUCCCACCCGCUCCCCCCGAACCCCUUCUCCGCCGCAGACACCGCGCCCGCCUUUCGCCCAGGCCAGCCCCAGCCCAACUCCGCCGCAUCCAAGUCAACUCUGAUUUGGGGAGAUCUCGAGCCCUGGAUGGACGAAGAAUACGCCAAGCAGGUCUGCAACCUCAUGGGUUGGGAUCCAGUCAACAUCAAGGUCCCGCACCCCCAGCCGGACCCCGCGACCGGCCAGCAGGCCAACAACCCCGGCUACUGCUUCCUCACCUUCCCGACCCCCGCGCACGCAGCGAGCGUGCUCGCUCAGGUCAAUAAUAACGGCACUGGCGGGCCCGUCACCAUGCCCAAUUCCUCUAAGGCGUUCGUCAUGAACUGGGCGGCCGGCAUGCCCGCGACCUCACCCGUCGGAAAUAGCUUUAGCGCGGUGAACGCUGGCGUUCAGAACCAGUACCCGAAGGAGUACAGCAUCUUCGUGGGCGACCUCGCGCCCGAGACCUCCAACUCGGAUCUCGUCGCGGUCUUCCGCAACCCGGUUCUCGGUCUGCGCAACGACCGCGAGCCCAAGUUCAUCAGGCCUUUCCUGUCCUGCAAGAGCGCGAAGAUCAUGCUGGAUCCCGUCACGGGCGUCUCCCGUGGCUACGGAUUUGUUAGAUUCACGGAUGAGGCCGAUCAGCAGCGGGCACUUAUCGAAAUGCACGGGCUUUACUGUCUUUCCCGUCCCAUGCGUAUUUCACCCGCGACCGCCAAGAAUAAGCAGCCCCAAGGCCCCCCACCUCCGCCUGCGAUUGGAGGACAAUAUGAUCUACGCCCACCAUUCUCUUCCAUGGAGCAAUCACAACCCCAUAACCCUGUCAACGUCGCGAUGCCGCUACCUCCUCCCACCAAGAGCGUGUCCGCCCCUAUGGCGAGCGCUACGUCCGCCGGAUCGAUUAAGAGCGCCAGCACGUCUGGCUCAGGUUCUGUCGGUGGCUCCAACUCCCUCGAGUCGUUGUCGACCGCGAAUACGUCGGUGACGUCUUACGGAUCUGCCGAUAUGAUGGGGUCGUCGAACGUCUUCGCUCAGCUGGCGCAGCAGUACAAUGCUACCGGUCAGCAGGAUCCGACGCGCAGCAUCACGGACAGCCUGCAGCGCUUCACGAUUUCGGAAGAGUCGUGGAAGCAUCACGCUCAGGCUCGCGCUAUUCUGGGCAACCUUAUUGGGCCCAAUGGCGAGCAGCUCACGUCGACCGACCCGUACAACACGACGGUGUUCGUCGGCGGUCUGUCUCCGCUCAUCUCUGAGGACACCUUGCGCACCUUCUUUGCUCCGUUCGGCGACAUCCACUACGUCAAGGUUCCGGUGGGCAAGCACUGCGGCUUCGUCCAAUUCGUUCGCAAGGCCGAUGCCGAGAAUGCCAUCGAGAAGAUGCAGGGCUUCCCCAUUGGCGGCAGUCGCAUCCGUCUCAGCUGGGGUCGUAGCCAAUACAAGGCUGCUCAAGCUGCCGCGCAGGCUGCGCAAGCCGCGGCGCUCUCGACCCAUCAGACUACCCCUCCUCCGGCUGCACCUGCGGCACUGCCGCCGUUCGGAACCAUGACGCAGGAGCAAGCGAUACAGCUCCUGCAACGCUUCACUAUGCAAGGCUACCUGGAUCAACUCGGCCCUCAGGGCCCACCCACUGCGUCGCAAUAUUCCGAAGAGAAGCUGCACUCUGCCGUCCUUGCUUCUCGCGACGACCCAGAAGCUCCGUCGGGAGUCACUGUCGUUCGGGAGGCCGGAAGCUCUUCCCAGUCCGGUGAAGGCGUUCGCACCCCCGUUCUACCCGCUGGGUCUGGGGCUGCAGACGCAGACGCAGCAGGACCUGAAGUCGAACGCAGCGGCGAGCAACGGGAACACGCCGCCGACUAA